GAGCCGUGAUGAAAGCUUGCACAGGUGCCCCGUGUGUGUGUGAACUGAGAAGGAGAUAGAGAGAGUGAGCGAGUGUGUGUGAGAGAGAGGGAGGCAGGGAGAGGGGAGAGAUCUCACCGGAGAUCCGACGAGCUCCGCCGCCGCUGAAAAUGAUGCCAGGCGAUGGCCGGGGGAUCGCCAAUGACCAGAGCCUCGAGAGGCAGUUCGAGAGGCAGAUGGGGUGCAUGGCCGGAUUCCUCCAGCUAUUCGAUCGCCACCAUGUCCUCGCCGGGAAGCGGAUCUAUGCCGCUCGGCGCCUACCCUCGUCUCCGGUCGCCGGAUCGAUGUCGCCGUCGGACAGAUCCGAGGUUUCGUCGGUUUCGUUCCUGAAUGAGAUCCAGCGUUUCCCGUCGCCGGAGGCGUGCCCGUCCUCGCCGGAGAGCCGGGAUCGGGCGGCGGAGGCCUCAGCGAGGCCGUCCCUCCCGCUCCCGCUUCCUGUAUUUGAUUUCAAGGACGUGCGGAGGUCCUCCUGGAGGCUGCGAGAAGCACCGAGGCUUUCCCUUGACAGCCGCGCCGUCGUGGAUGCCAGGGGCAAGCUCCGCCCGCGGGAGAUCCGGACGGCGGCCUCCGGAAACCAAUCCGACUCCUCGGAGGCGGCGGAUGAGAGCGAGGGGCAGCGUCGGUCCCCGAGCGUCGUCGCCCGACUGAUGGGGCUCGAGGCGCUGCCGGACGUGGGAGGCGGCGGCGGGGGAGGUGGGGAGCCGAAGAGGGCCGAGCUGCGGCGAUCCGCGUCGGAGUCGCGGGUUCCCAGAGACUACCGCUUCGUCGACGUGAGCUCCUUCCAGAAGCCGCUGCCGGACUCUGCGAGCUCCGGCAAGGAGUUCUUCUGGCCGGAUUUCGGGGAGUUCCGGCUCCGAGAUGCGAAGCUCGACGCGCCGCCGAGAACUCUCCUUCCGCCCCUCCAGCGGAAGAGCUUCUUCGACGCCCGGGACUUUUUCCCGGAGCCGCCGAAGCGGACGGGAUCGCUCUACGGCGAGAUCGAGAGGCGCCUCCGGAUGCGAGGCAUCGACGAGCCGGCCAAGGAUCUGGAGACUCUGAAGCAGAUCCUGGAGGCGAUCCAGCUUAAGGGCCUCCUCCACACCAAGCCCUCCGAUCCACAGAUCAACGGACGCCGCAACUUCAUGUACGACCAACACCACGACUCCCAGAUCCCCGCGGAUGACUUCCCGGUUGCCGUCAUGAAGCCGCCGGCGAAGCCUUCCCGGCGACCCGCCAGCGAGCCGCCUGGUAAUCCCUCCAGAUCCACGCCCGCCCGCCGGACCGCAUGCUCGGACGGCGGCCUCCCGCCUGCGAGGGCGAGGCGGGACCGCGCGGAGUUCGAUCGGAACCCGAGAGGUAUCAAUGACAGGAGAACCAGGACCCCGAGGUCCCCAGAGCCGAUCUCUCCGGUUAGGCGGAGGCCGCCCUUAAAUGCAGAGCCUCCGAGGAGCCCGCAGCCCCAGCGGAGGAUCUCCGCCGUCCAAUCCCCCAAGGCCAGUCCGAAGAGGCUUGCGGGACCGGACCCGCUGGCCAUCCGAUCUCCGAGGAAUCGGAGAGUGACCCCUGAUGUCUCUCCGAAGGAUAGGAUUUACUCGCCGGCGGAGGACGACGCCUCGACCAUCGUCUCCGAGAGCAGCAUCAGUUGCCCUUCUCAAUUAGAUUUCGAGAGAUCGAGGGCGGAGGAGCACAGGGCGGGGAGGAGUUUGUUGGAGAGGUGCGACAAGCUGUUGCACAGUAUAGCGGCGAUCACGGGGGCGGAGCAGGUUACCGCGGUGGAGCAGCAGCCGAGCCCGGUGUCGGUGCUGGACUCGUCCUUCCUCUGCGACGAGAGCUCGCCGUCACCCGUCACCAAGCGCUCCAUCGACUUUAAAGAUCGACUGGCGGAAUGGGAGGACGGCCACUGGAGCCCGGCAACGCCAGCUGUCAGAAAGAACGGUGCAGGUGGGCUCGACGCGGAGGACCACGACUACGUGUACGUAUCGGAGAUCGUCCGCGUGUCCGAUCUUGUUCGCGACACCUCCGACGGGUUCGCCGUCCUCGAGAAGCGCCACCAGGCCUCGUCCAAGGCCUCGCAUCUCCACCGCCGGCUCGUCUUCGACACCGUCGCCGAGAUUCUCGACCGCAAGCGCCACGUGUUCCCCUGGGAGGCCUUCACGCGCUCUAGGUCGCUACCCUCCGCCGGCGACGGCGACGGCGGCGCCGCCCCGCUGGUGCGGGAGGUGUGGGUGGAGGUGCGGCGGAUCCGGGAGCCGGUCCACCCGGCGGACGACCUCAACGACGUCACGUGCGGCGCCAUCCGCAAGGACCUCGCCGGCGAGCGCGGCUGGGGCCCCUGCCCCGCCGCCGACAUGUCCGAUGCCGUCCUCCACAUCGAACGGCAGAUCUUCAAGGAUCUCGUCGCCGAGACCAUCCGCUACCUCGCCGACCUCUCCUCCUCGCCCCCUUCUCGCCCCCGUCGCAAGCUCUUCUUCUAGUUCCCCUUUUCCCCUUUUUCCUUUUUAUUAAUUUAAAAAAAAAUAUUUCCAAAGCGCCAGCUACUUCCACCGGACCGGUGUAACGGAUUAACAGUCAGUAACGCUAAUUUAGGUGCCUUUUCUUUUUUCUAACGGCUCUGAUUGGAUAGUGGGUGAUAAGGUGGGCCCCAGUGGGCUGAAAUAGUUAUGGGAGCCCACCUCGUGUUCUUGUCAUGCUCAGCUUGUGAUCUACUUGUAUCGUUUGGAGGGUAGCAGAGGCCUCAGAGGGAAGGGGGCCGCUGAAGUUGACAGAAUUAUUCGGGACCCAGAGGUUAAGUAUGGCUGCUGUCCUUCAAGGAUGCAAACCCCAUCUCACCGGCUUUGGAGGCUAGCAACGCUAUUACUGAGCCGGAGUGCAGCAGCUUCGGGUCCGCAUCGACGUCUCGUUUUGACGGGGACGCUGACAUCGUUGCAUUUUGGAGCAUCAGUCAGUUGUAGUUGUGCUGUCUGUUUCACAAAAGCCCUGCUCUGAUGGCAUUGUACCAGGGGUAAGAUGGGUGGAGGUGUUGGGUUUGUUUGGGUGGCAAAAGAAACUGAAAAAGAAAUGAGGGGACCAAUUUCGGCGUCUUGUUGGUU